AUGGCUGAACCUGUUGAUCUCUCGUUCGCGACGCGGCCUGGAAAUAUUGAUGCCCCAGGAGACCUGCUUCAGGAGUUAUCCAUCAUUCAGAGAGAUCUUGUUCAUGGAGACGAGAACAUCCGGCAGACGAUGCUUGUCAAAGCCCGGACCCUCGUCCACUCUCUUCAAACGCCCAGGGAGAUCAUGGUACAGCACACAUGGGCUGGCGACCUCGAAGAAGUCGGGCAAGACGAAUACAGGCUUUCGAGUUUCACCAAGUCAUUGACCCUGUAUGUCAUCGGUGAUGGGUAUCUCGCACUUUUUGGUGGGAUUGGUCGCAGUCCAAUCGAGUUCUACAAGUUUGUCCGCCAGACCCAGUGGAAGAACCCAACCGACGCGAGUCACACUGCAAUGCACGUAUCUUACGACACUAAAGUACCAAACUGCUUUGAGUACUUGAGGCCUAUUGGGUCGGGCCCUCAAACAAAUAAUCAUAUGGGAGGCUACAGACAAGGUCGAUUGCCCUGGAUGCAUCCUUCGCUCUACGCGGUUGAGAAGACCCUUUUCCCAGGAUCAGACCAAGCGCCUGACGCCCCUCUACUAGUCGAUGUCGCCGGAGGUCUUGGUCAUGAUAUCCACGGGUUCAAGAAGUUUUACCCUGAACACCCAGGAGUGAGUUUCACAUUCACCAUAAAGACAACCACUACUGACAGACCACCCAAGAAAUUGAUCCUUCAGGACCUCCCAGUCGUGAUCAAUGACAUUCUCCAUAACUGGCCAGAUGAUGUAUGCCGCAAGAUCUUAGCUCGUCUUGCAGAAGCCAUGAAGCCUGGUUACAGCAAACUUCUUAUUUUCGAGUGCGUCAUUCCACGAACGGGUGCGUACUGGGAGGCUACAGCUGGUGAUAUCCUCAUGAUGACGCAGCUUUCGGCUCUGGAGCGUACAGAGGACAAUUGGUACCAGUUGAUCGAGCAAAGCGGGUUGAAUCUCAAGAUCGUCAAGUUUUGGAAGUGUGGAGUUGCUAGUGUUGAAAAUCUUAUUGAGUGUGAGCUUGUAUAG